AUGGCUCCAGCCCAGCCAACAGCUCCAGCGCAGCCGACAACUCCAGCUCAGUGCGUGGCGCCCACCAUUGAUCUCGACCUCGAGGAUUCGCAGCCAUGGGAAGCUUCCCAGGAGAUGACAGAAACUCAGCAUCAGCUACUUUCCAAUGCUUCAAUCUACGCACACGCCAAUUCUUUCACUGAUGCUUCCAUGGAAAGGUUUGUUGCCGCAUCGGUGUGGACCCCAGAUGCGUCAGCAGCAACAGCAGCCCAAGGCGCAGGCAUUGCACAGACCGGGAAUGGGAUCCCGCAACGUGCUCUACCUGCAGACUUCCACAGGGCCAACACCCUUGAUCGUGGAAUGGACGCUCUGACCGCCCAAAACCUAGCUGUGGCUCCGGAGUCGCAAGCCGGACACGCAGCGCGAGAAGCUGCCAAAAGGAAGCGAGCCAAGGAUGACCCAGAAGCUUUGCCAUUUGUAUCAGAGCGGGAGAAAAGCCAAUACGAUGCUUACUGGAACAAGUUCCGUCGCGGAAACCCCUUGUCUUCAUCUUCAACGACAGCCGGCUCGCCAACUCAGAGCCUUUCCGGUCAAGAGUCUGCAGGGGCCAUGCAGCGCCAGGGGAGCAGUAGCGACUGCUUUUCCUGUCCUCCGACUCCAUCAUCUUCCGCUGCAUCUUCUUCACUGCUUCAGACUAUGCAACAGUUAGGUUUCACGACUCUGCUCUCAGAUUCUGACGCCCGGAAAGUCUUGGAAGAGUUGAUCGGCAACAAGAAGGAAUCGCCUUCGCAUGAGCAGCCCGUUGUGCUUCCAGAGACAAAGCUGUCCCGGCGUGGCACUAUUUACAGCCCUGAAGGCGAUCUGCAGGCCAUGCAGUUGCCUGAUUGGCCCCUCAUUCACCGUGAAGGAGACAAGUCCGCCUUGGUCGACAAGGCUCUUGCUUGUGGCCACCCUGUGAUCACCGUCCCACGCACCGCCACCGCAGCAGACAUUCCAGCAGAACUGUUGCAGAGUACGCCAACCCAACAGGCAGAACCUUCAGCCAUGCAGCCCACCCCACAGCAGCAGCAGCAGCACUCAACAACCGCAAAAGUGGAAACUCCACUUGCACCGCAGCCAGAGGCGAUUCCAGCAGUAAACAUUCCAGUGCCCAUGGAAGUGGAAGUUCCAGCAGCAACUGCUCCGCAGGCUUCACCAGCGCAGCCAUGUCCGCUUGCUCCAGCACAGUGCCCUGCAGAGGCGAUUCCAGUGGUAAACAUUCCAGUGCCCAUGGAAGUGGAGGUUCUAGCGCCAACUGCUCUGCAGGCUUCACCAGCACAACCAUGUCUGCCUGCUCCAGCGCACCAGGCUUUGCCGACUCCAGCAGGUCAAGCACCAACUGCUCCACAGACUUUGCCAGCGCAGGCCGCAGGUCUGCCUGCUCCGCCAGCUCGACCAGAGCCUGUUCAACCAACGCCUCCCGCGGCACCAGCGCAUCCACAGCUUGAGUUGGGCGACAAAUGCAACAGCAGCACACAUCCAGCUGAAUUUGCCGCCUUCAAGCGUUUUUGCCAAUCGAACCCUGGGGCAAAAGAAGUGUGUGAUGCCUUCAAGAAAGGUGGAGAGGCCCGUAUGGCAGCUUUCCGAAAGUUUGUCAUGGCCAAUGGAAAAGGAAUGGCCGUUGAAGCGGUCAUGAAGUUCCAGCGUCAGAGUGAACAAACCGACAAGGAUGGUGGCGAAUACCUCACCUGGCUUGAGGUUUUGGGUUUCUUCAACAAAGACGCCGAGCAGGACACCAUCGCGAUCGAGCUUGGCGUGGAACCUACCACCGCCAUCGAUUUGAUGUCCAUGCUCGAGCAGCAUAACAACCCAAUGCUUGCAUCAGCUCCGGCUCGCCAGGCUUUGCCAAGUCCUCGUGAAGAGCCAGGUACGGCCGGCCACGCUGCCAAUGGGGAGCAGAAGGAUGAAGAGAGGAAGGGAAAGGACAAGAACAAAGCCAAGAAACCGAAGGUCCAUGUCAAGGGGUCGGCCCUCGAGUGCGAGAUCCUCAUGGAGGACAAUCUUCCUUCGUUUGUUGGAGCUUGGGUUGCCAAAGCGGCCGACUCAGAAGGUCAGGCGGCCACGAUCUCCGCUCAGCUUGAAGCAUUCGAGUCUCAAGAGCAGCUUGCCAGCUUGAUCAAAUCCAGUGGCGAUGGAUUAGGCAAGUGCAGAAAGGAUAUGGUGGCCUUGGACCCGUCGAACUUGACAGUCGAGGGUGUGAGCGAAGUUCUCCAAAGGGCCAGAACCUUUGUUGAGGCCUUCAAGAAGCACACUAAGACCGCCAACCAGUUGAAUCUUGGGAUUGCAGCGGCGAAGCGGCAAUCGGCCCCUAAGAAGGCCAAGGCGAAAGCAAAGGCCAAGGCCGACGAUGAGUGA